CACAGCAUUCUUGUUUUGCGGAUACAAGCGUGGACUCACUAGUCAUGGAUAGUGAAAGAAACGUUUUUGUACCAGAAAUUGAAAAUAUGGAAGACACGUUUGAUAAGAAUAGGCUCGACGAGGAUCUUAUUACAGCUGUACAAAACAGACCUGCGUUAUAUGAUUUUCGUCUACCAUUAAAGCAAAGAGGAAAAAAAGAAAAAGAUGAUUUGUGGAAUGAGGUCAGUAUCUAUUUAAAAGGCUCGUACACACCAUCUGAAGCUGAAAAGAGAUGGAACUAUUUAAAAGAUUGCUACCGAAAAGCAAGAAAUUUGUUUAAGAAACGACAAGUUAUUCAGCAAAGAAGUGGCUCAGCUGGUACAUCAAAAUCAGAAUCAAUUAUGCCGUCUUUUCGACAUUACGAUUCUAUGAUGUUUUUAAAUGAUAUCUUAGAACAUCGUCAAACUGUGACUUCUUUAAGAGAAUCAACAGGUAACCAACAAGCCUCUACAUCGACAAGAACGUUACCUCACAUAAAUUUGAAUGACGUACAAUCAAACAUGGAGAACGACAGCAUGGAAUCUGAAUCAUCUGUAUAUUCACACUCAGUUCCAUCAGUAAAAUCAAAAAAAAGAAAAAGGUCUCUAAGUUUAGUUGAAGAUGCAACUCUUCUAAAUGCAUUAACAGAAAAUAAGGAUCCAAGCCCCAUUGAUGGAUUUGUACUACGUUUAGCUGAAGGUUUACGAAGACUUACAUAUAAACAAAGAUCGAAGUUAGAAAUAGAAUUUUUGAAAAGACUAUAUGAAAUUGAAGAAGCAGAAGAAGUUUAA